CUAUAAAAGCAUUUCAACUAACCCGACUCAAUUCAGUUUGCUAAUGUUAGCUGACUGAACAGUAUUCCAGCACUCAAUAAACAAUUAAUCUCAAAGAUGUCACACAAGGUUGAAGCUCUUCCCGAUUCUUAUGCCGCUCUGGGCGAGGGACCCCACUGGGAUGUGGACCGCCAGAGUCUGUACUACGUGGACCUCGAAUCAGCCGGCAUUAAUCGCUUCGAUUUUAAGCAGAACAAGGUGUACAAGGCGAAAAUCGAAGGCGAGGUCUUUGCCUCCUUUAUCCUGCCGAUUGAGAACAGGCCGCAGGAGUUUGCUGUGGGUUGCACCCGGCGCACAGUCAUCGUCCAAUGGGACGGAGUCUCGGCGGUGGCCAAGGUGGUGCGCACCCUAUUCGAGGUCCAGCCGGAUCACGAGGACAACCGAAUUAAUGAUGCCAAAACCGACCCGAAUGGACGUUUUUACGGCGGCACCAUGGCCGACAAAGGCGACAUCUUCACCCAAUGGAAGGGUGAACUUUAUUGCUGGCAGGCCGGCGGUCAGCCAAAGGUCGUAAGGGAGAAGGUGGGCAUCUCCAAUGGCCUGGCCUGGGAUGUCAAGGCCAAGAAGUUCUACUUCAUCGACACAAACAACCACGAGGUGCUGGCCUAUGACUACAAUCAAACUACCGGAGACAUUAGCAAUCCAAAGGUCAUCUUCGAUCUGCGAAAAAUCCGUCCCGAGGGUCCAUUGUUCCCCGAUGGCAUGACCGUGGAUACAGAGGGAAAUAUCUACGUGGCAACCUUUAACGGAGGCACCGUCUUCAAGGUUAAUCCAAGCACUGGCAAAAUCCUAUUGGAGAUCAAAAUUCCCACCACUCAAAUCACCUCGGUGGCCUUUGGAGGUCCCAACUUGGAUAUUCUGUAUGUGACGACCGCCAACAAGUUCGACCAGCCAAAACCAGCUGGAACCACCUACCAGGUCACUGGGCUCAAUGCCAAAGGUUACCCCGGCGUCAACUUGAAGAUCUAAAUUACAGACUACUUGUAAAAGGUAUUGUAGUUUAAAUAAAUGAGCCCUAAUAGUGUA